GCCCGGGACGCGGCGACGCCGGCGCCCGCGGGUCUCGUGACCGCGCGCCCCGCCCGGAGCUUCGCCGUCAUGCAGUCCCCGGCGGUGCUCGUCACCUCCAGGCGAGUUCAGAAUGUCCACACAGGCCUGGACCUGACCGUGCCCCAGCACCAGGAGGUACGGGGCAAGAUGAUAUCAGGGCAUGUGGAGUACCAGAUCCUGGUGGUAACCCGGCUGGCUGCAUUCAAGUCGGCCAAGCACAGGCCUGAGGAUGUCGUCCAGUUCUUGGUCUCCAGAAAGUACAGUGAUAUUGAGGAGUUGUACCAGAAACUCAGCAGUCGUUAUCCGGCGGCCAGCCUUCCCCCCCUCCCCAGGAAGGUGCUCUUUGUGGGGGAGUGUGACAUCCGGGAGAGGAGAGCCAUGUUCGAUGAGAUCCUGCGCUGUGUCUCGAAGGAUGCUGAGUUGGCAGGCAGCCCUGAGCUGCUAGAAUUCUUAGGUACCAGAUGCCCCGGGGCUGCGGAUCUCAGCAGCAGAGAUUUCUCUGUCCUGGACACAGACAGCCAAGCAGGGGACGACGGGGAUGCUUUCGACUUCUUCCAGCAGCAGGACCGAGUGGAGGGUGAGGGUCUCCCCACGCUGGACCAGGAGGGCCAGGGUGCAGGGAAGCCCUCAGAGGAGGAGGAGGAGGAGGAGGCCCUGGACCCUCUGGGCAUCAUGCGCUCCAAGAAGCCCAAGAAACGCCCGGAAGUGGCCGUGAAGCCCAAACCCUUGCCCCAUCUCUCCAUCUUUGACGAGGAGGUGGACCCCGACGAGGGGCUCUUUGGCCCGGGCAGGAAGCCCUCUCCCCGGAGCCCCGCAGACGACGCACCCCCCAGGGACUCCCUGAAACUGUUUGACGAUCCUGACCUCGGCGGAGCCGUGCCCCUGGGUGACCCCUUACUGCUGCCAGCUGCCCCCGAGAGUGGAGGACCCACGUCCCGCCCAGGCUGCAGGAAGGCCUCCAAGGAGCUGUCCAGAGUCGAAGAGGACUUGGACCAGAUUCUGAACCUGGGGGCUGAGUCCAAACCCCAGCUUCAACCCCAGCCCAAGCCCAAGCCUCCAGUGGCAGCUAAGCCAGCGCUACUCAGAAAACCAGCUGUUCCCCCCAGAGCGGGUUCAUCUGAGGCUUUGGCCAGGCAGCAGAAGCAGCAGCAGAUCCAAGCCAUGGACGAGACGGACAUCUUACAGUACAUCCGGGACCACGACGCGCCUGGCCAGGCUGCCCCCAGCCUCUUCUGACCACCCCCAAGCCCUGUGCUGUUCCUGAGCCAGCGGACUCUCCUGUGGAGGGGCACGUAAUGAGGUGCAGAUUUGGACCUGUGGGGCCAGAACCUCUAUUCCCAAGGGAAGGAGGGUGGAAGCCUGGGUCAUAGGACCCCUGUACUGCCUUCUUCCUUUUUCUCAGGCCUGUGGGUUCAUGGAAUCCUGCAAGAUGCAGAGAGCAAGGUCACUAUAGGAAUUGGAGCCUAAAUUGUCUCAGCCAUGUGGAUGUGGAGGGGAGAGCACGUGGGGAUGCCUUGCUAACCAGGAGCCCAGCCCCCAGGAUGUCAUGAGACUGGGAGCGCGGGGGGCCAGGGAGGCUCCACUCGGGGUGGGAAACUUUGUGCCCACUUGGGCCCACCGGCUCUGCCAGCCCCAGCACGGGAAGGAGGGCCUGGCCAACUUGGGGUUUGGUGGGGGGGGUCUCCAUGCCAAGCCAGUCUGGAGUCUCUAGUCACCAUGGCUCCUGGAGGCUUGCAGGCCCUGGGAGGGUCCCCAGGAGAGGGAUGCUGAGUGGGUGCCUAGGAGAGCCUGGCUAGGUGGGGUGGCCGAGCCACCUCGGGUUACCAGGUGCUAAGCACGGUGCCUUCCCAAGUGUCGAAGCUCAAGGGAGACGUCAGGCCCAGCCCUGCCUCUGGUGUGUAGAUGGCCUGACAAUCCCCGUGUCUUCCUGUCUCUUCCUUUCCUAGGGAAGGCCCGGCCAGACCACGGCCUCCUUGGGCCUCUGGCCAUAGGGCCGAUGUC